CUCGCCUGGCGCUUACUGACGUGUUCUUAAGCCUUCAGCUGGGGAAGCCUGUGGGUAAAGGGAAGAGCUGCCGAACGAGAAGGCUAGAGGAGAGAGAAAUGUCGGCGAUAAGCUGUCAGAAGUGAGGCGGUUCCGUAACUCUUCUCAGAGGCUCUCUUCUGCUGCUGUGCCGGGAGUGCUGGCAAAGGUGGAGCCAGUGGAAGGGAAACUCGAGCCCGAACGAGAUUCGGUGCCAGCUUGGAGAUAGUAAGGCUGUAAGCCCAGGAGAAUAAACAAAGCUAAGGCAUUUAUAGUGGUAAAACUGGACAGAGCACUUCAAAAGAGUGCAUUGAUGGAGGGACGUAUUCGAACAAAGCAGGGCUGUGGAAAAACUUUCCUUGAAGACUGUAUCUGAAGGAAAAAAAAAAUCCCAAACCUUCCAAACUGUCUUUUUUUUUUUUUUGGCCAGGAGCUUUAUAAAAAUACACUUCUAAAGGAAGCCUUCAGGAAUAAAAAGCGUGUUUGUGUUCUCUAAAACUAAUCUGAUCUUGCAAUCUUGAUCCGUUCGGAGCAAACUAUCAGGUUGGGUGAUGUGGUGACUGAAUAAGAGCAAGACGCUGUUACGCUUCUACAGUGUUGUAUUCAUUGCAUCCUUACUGAAAAGAACCAUCCCAAACUGUCUAAAUAGCAGCAGGUACCAUGAUAAUUUAGUUCUUCCUUGUUAAAUUAACUGGAAUCUUGGGGUUUGUACAUUUAAAAGAUAUUUCUAGCUUAGUCUUCCAAUUAGAGUUUAUCCUUAAAAAAACCCUGCAAAAUAGUACUGAUUGAGAGAAAGCAAACAGUGUAAUGAAGCCUACUGUGAAGGUAACCAACCUAAUAAAAAAGUAAACAGUUGUUUUUAAUGCAGGAAGAGUAAAGCAGGCUGUAACCACAGGCUUACCCUUUAACAGAAUAGGUAGGAUAUUAAGCUGUGUAUUAAAACAACAGCCUAAUAUGUAAUACUUAAUGAACUACUCAAAAAAUAACAAGAUGGUAUUGUUUAUUCAAGAUGGUGAGUUACAAAGAGAUCUUGGAAGGCUAAAGGGCUUUCUGAAAUAUUUUUACUUGGGAAUUAUAUUAAUCUAAGCUUAAAAUUACAUGUGAACUUAGCACUUAGUAAUUUAUGGGAAGUGCUAUGCUGUCUACAAACGCAGAAGGAAAAGCAGCUCUUCCAGUGUAUGCUGUAAAGAAAGGACUAAGUAACUUGGUUGUCUGUUGUUGUAACUAAUUAGAAAAGCCUUUUUUUUGGUUUGUACUUCCCUUUGAUAUGCUCAAUGAAUGUACUUUUCUCUAAGCUUUUUAGCUGUCGGGCAUCAUAUUUAAAAGCUGUAGAUGGCCUAUCCAGAUUCUGCUUGUGUAUUCAUGUAUGUUUGCUUUGAUGUGCUUGCUGCCUUGUUUAUCUUUUAAACUUAGAAUUUAGCAAUAAUGUUCUGAAUCUGCAGAAUACACCCAUUCUUCCUCACCAUUCCAUGUGAGGCAUCCUACUAGGCAAUAUAUUUACUGUGGCAAAGAUUGCAGUGUGUUUUCAGUGUGUCAUCUCCUGUUGCAUUGAUGAAGCUUCUUAAUUUAAAUUAAGUCUUCUGAAGCAUUCUACUGGCAGCUCUGCUGUUUGUGUGUGUGUAUUGUAGGAACAGGUAUGGUCUUCGUACAUCAAAAUAUGUCACGGGUCUCCCUGAAAUGCAAGUAUUUGUUGCCAAAAGCUCCUUUGCUGGGACUAGUAUGCAAAGACUUAAUGUAUACAAAAUUUUAAUUUCUGCCUUGCUGAUUUGGUCUUACUGGAGUCAAGACUGGGGUAGAAAAUGGCAAUGCUGAAUUGCUUCCAUGGUUGGUUUAGUACUUGCUGUCAGGACCACCUUGCAAAUCUGAAUAUUUGACUGUUUACAAAUUUGAAUAUUUAUUAGAAUUAUCAUACUGACAGUUAAGAGGAAGUACUUGAAAUGAUGAUGUAUGAAUUCUGUGAGGAUUUUUGUUUUUUAAUGCUCACUUAAUUUCUUCCACGUUCUUAACAUCUUUCAGUUCUACACUGAAGCAGAAGACACAUCUUGAAGUGCUUGUACUAGGCAAGUGAUUUACAAGACCUUUUGGGCCAGUACACUGCUAACAACAUCAACCAAGUCUUUUGAUGGACCACAUGCAGCAUUAACCUUUUGGAGGUUUUGUUUACUGUAGCAGCUAAAGUGAACCAGAAUGCCUCUCAAUGAUGACCAGAACAGUGAUUCAGAUUCUUCACGCUUCUCUGAAAGCACAGCUUCUUCUAGUGACUCUGAAUAUUCAAGACAGAGCUUUAACAGUGAUUCUUCAAGCAAACCCAGUUCCCCAGGAUCAGCAAGCCCUCCCAAGACUGUUACAUUUGAUGAACUGAUGGCAGCUGCGAGAAAUUUGACAGACUUGACUCUAGCUCAUGAAAUUGCUGUAAAUGCAAAUUUUUGCAUAAAAGACGAAGGCUUCCCACGGAACAGCCUUGCAGGCACAGUGAAACAAAUUGUACACAAGGCAUUUUGGGAUCACUUGGAAUCGGAACUGAAUGAAGAUCCUCCGGAAUAUGAACACGCUAUCAAGCUCUUUGAGGAAAUUAAGGAGAUUCUUCUUUCCUUCCUGACUCCUGGAGCAAACAGGAUUCAAAAUCAAAUUUGUGAAGUCCUUGAUACAGAUCUUAUAAGACAGCAGGCAGAACAUAAUGCUGUUGAUAUUCAUGGGCUAGCUAACUAUAUCAUCAACACUAUGGGAAAAUUAUGUGCUCCAAUAAGAGACAACGAUAUAAAACAGUUAAAAGCAACUGACAAUAUCGUAGAAUUACUAAGACAAAUAUUCCGUGUUUUGGACCUGAUGAAAGUGGAUAUGGCUAAUUACACAAUUCAAAACCUUAGGCCAUACCUUCAGCGUCAUUUGGUGGACUAUGAAAGAACAAAAUUCCAGGAAAUUCUUGAAGAAACACCAAGUGCCCUGGAUCUCACAACAGAAUGGAUAAAGGAAUCAAUAGAAGAUGAAUUGUCAUCUGUUUCUGAUGAAUCUUCAUCCCCUGGUGCUGAUAGUAGUUCUAAACCAAUUAUUAGUCCUACACUGGUGCUAAAUAAUGGCUACUUGAAACUCUUACAAUGGGAUUAUCACAAAACAAUUCCAGAGACUCUAAUAACAGAUGAAGUUCGUCUUCAGGAGUUGAGAGAAAAGCUCAAUCAAUUAAAAAUCAUAGCUUGUGUUUGUCUCAUAACAAACAAUACGGUGGGUGCACCAAUUGUAGAUGUGCCUGAUUUUGCUGACCAGCUGAAAAGGAUCUCUGUUCCUCUUCUUGAAGGCAUGAACAAGAAAACUUUUAAUUUAGAGGAGGCUUUGAAUGCUAUUGGUGUCCAGACUUGCAGCAAAGUGAACAGGUCUCUAGCUGAAAGAGGUCUUCCCACUCUUACUGAAGAAAUGCAGAGCAAUUUAAUGGGUCAAAUUGCUCAUAUUUUUGAGGAGAAUAAUCCUGUCAGUUCCUUGAUUGACAAACGAAUCCAGUUUUUCAUGAAGCCAGGAGGCCUUUCUGUGAUUCAGUCAGAGAUGGAAUUUGUUGGAUCUCAGUAUGCAAGCAUUGUAAACUUUAACAAACAAGUGUAUGGACCAUUCUAUGCAAACAUACUUCGAAAACUACUUUUUCCUGAGGCACCAAUGGGGAAAGCAGAAACAGAAACACCUACCGAUUAACAAAUAUGACCUAUUUCUGUACCCCUUCUUUUACCUUCCAAGACAGUGAUCUGACUUCCCCACUAAGAACAGCCCACUCAGUGACUAUUAAUGAGAGAUAUUUUAAAUUAUGUAGAUAGCUUCUGAAAUUCACUGGGACAAAAAAAAUAAAUUUCAAGGGCAUAUAUAUAUUUUAAUAGACUAAAUUUGUUUAAUGGAUUGUGUCACUUGUAAUAACCAGUGAAUUACUAGUUUUCAAGGCAAGCAUUUAUUAUGAUUUGUAGUGGGAAAGAGCGGGCAAAAGCACUUAUGUUUUGCCACCAUUAAAACAUAAUGUUAUUUUUCAACUUAAAUAUAUUUUACAUACAGCAAUGCAAUUAUGAAAUGACAAAACAAUUGUAGAUAUAUACUAUGCUUACAUUGUAUUUUUGUAGAGCGACAUCUAAUAAAACAAUUACGUUUCUGAGAAGACUGAAGCAAAAAAAAAAAAAAAAAUAUUAGCAUGACUGCUCUUGUAACCAAAACCAGGUUCAUACUAGGCCAAGUUUUGGUACUCCUGCAGUUACUGGAACCAGAACUUAGCAUCUGUUACAUUAAGGAAUGCCAGUAUUAUAAGCUGUUUGGAGUAUAGCAGUUACAGAAGAAGCAUUCAAUGCUUCAAGUAGGAAUCAUUCAGAACUUCUCAACUGUAAGUGAGAUUAAUGAUAAACACCUAAGAAAUAUGGGUGGAGUAAACUUCUGUAUAUAAUGUUUAUAAGUAUUUUGUUUAUCCAGUGGAGGUCAUACAGAUCUUAAUCUCUAAUAUGUUUAUGUACUGAUCUUUGAUCCUGAUGGGUAUUAAGUAUUUUUUUUAAGUUAGUUCUUUCUGACAUUUAUUCCCAAAAGCACUUGAGAGUGACCUUCCAGAGUACCACAGAGCAAUCUCCCCUUCUAUAUUCUGUUGGAUGAGGGCAUAAGCUUUUCAAAACAUUCUGUUGGGUCUGAAAGCAAGAACCCAAAUGAUUAGUCAUUCUUGAAAAUGUGAUUAGAUUCCCACAGACUCAGUGAAAGUGAAAUACUGCAGUUUUCUUCAAAUUCCUUUGGAAUAGGCUCCAGUAUCUAGUUCCCAUUUAAGGCAUCAGGAGUCUUGAAUACAGAAAAUUAAUAGGCUUGAAAUUGAAAAAUAUGGAAGUAAACUUCGGUAAGUUUACACAGGCUUUAUUUUGCUAUUUCAGAUUAUGGGGAAUAGAUACUGCUGGAAUACAUAUUAUAGACAUGUUCUUGUCUAUGAAAUUGAAUCAUAAUUUACUUGAAAACCUUUUAAUAUAUUACCAUAUAAUAAUCCUUUUAAAAUGUCACAUAUAUAUAUAUAAAAAAACUCCAUGUGGUACAAGUUAUAUAGCUUGUUUUUAAUAUUUUAUAUUACAAUCUAUUUUUUAUGAAGAGACAAAAAAUUGCCCGUAAAAGCUUAAUAUGUCACACAAAUUGUUUAUGUACAUUACUAUGUCUAUCAUAAAGGUCUAAAAAACUGGGCAUUAUUAGCACUGUGGUUUUGUAGUCCAUUUUUACAGAAUUGUGUACUCUUUUUAGUAAGGGAAAUGACUUCUAGUCAGUUGUUCUCAGUCUCCAAGGACUUUGGCCACACAUACUCAAUAAGAAAAACUUCCUUCAAAAUGCCUUUUUAGAAAAAAAAAUUCUCUAGUGCACUUCUGCUCUAUCUCUUGUAAAAACAUUGCACAAAAUAAAGAUAUGUAUUUUUAAAGGGAACUGUUUCCUGAAGCCUGAAAAACCUGAGAGAAAGGAACUCUUAGAAUAUACUAAUUGUGCCACAAGGUAAAACAGGCUUCCUCCGAUGAAUAUGAAAUUUUGAUGUGCAAUUCAAAAUCUUCAAGAGAAGAAUGCAUUUCAAAACCGAUUAGGGGGAAUGAAAUCUUAGUGACUUGCUACGUCUUCAGAAAUACCUAAACUAGUUUGAGCUUCAGCCAAAAGAGGAUUUUUAUGAACAUUUGACAAUGGUUUAUAACAUGAUUAUGAACUUUUUACCAUAAUACUUUAUAUGCAUUCUAUUGUAAAAAUAAAUAUCAAACAAUAGAUCUUUAGUGUACUGGGGAAACUCAUACUAGUUUUUACCAAUAAAUACUCAAAAAAAGUGAGGAUUCUUGGGGGGUUUUUUGGUGAUUAAGGUGACUUGCAAAGGGCAUUCUAUAGCAUGGCCUAUGUUUCAAGUGAUUGUUUAACGUAUCUUAAUUUUAUUACGUGUUUCAAACAUGGACAUUGUAUCUGUUUAAUGUCAUGUGUUGCAUGCUGUUUAUGCUACCAUGGCAGAAAUGCACUUGCCUCUAUUCUGAAGUUGCCCUUGUAAAACAAGAUGCCAUUCUGUAGCAGCUUUCUUUGUUGAAAUACAAAUAUUUGGAGGUUUUGUAUGCAUUAAAUUUUGUUUGUGAUAC